UGGCAAGAUAAACAAAAAUUGCGUCCGAUUGCGCAAUAGUUGUUUAGAAAUGAGAAAUGUUUGAUUUACUAGAAGAAUGUAGUUUCAGUUUUUACUUUCUCUCAUUGUUUAUAACGAAUUUAGUAAUUCAAUGAACUUUGAAAGGACGAAUACUUACCAAUGCAUCGAUGAAGUAUUUCACGAUUAGAAAAAUUUAUUCCAUAGCCUUUCAACUUUGAAUUUAAAAAAAAGAAAAAACGUAUAUUAUAAUUUAGAACAUAUCAUGAAGUACAAACAUUAUUUUAAUUUUUAAAUCUAUAUUUUUGCCUCUUGAUCUUAACAUGUGCUUGCAUACAUAAGAAUACAACUUUUUUUUCAAUAUGUUUUCAUCUAUAGACACAUUGUCAUUUAAUUUACCUUCACAGCCAGUAGAAAGAUCUUUUUGUCGCAAUCUUGGAUUGACUGGUGAAUUUCAAGAAAUUAACUCUACUAGAUCUUUGCGAGCUUUUGUUGAAGUAUUGGAGCAGCCUGUCUCAAUUGGUGCAAGGUUUCGUUAUAAAUGUGAAGGUCGAUCUGCUGGGUGUAUAAGAGGUGUUAAUAGUACAGACAAGCAGAAAACUUACCCGACUAUUAAGGUUCAUGGAUAUCAGGGUGCUGCAAGUGUAGUUGUUUCUUGUGUUACUAAGGACGGGCCGCCUUAUUUUCCACAUCCUCACAAUUUAGUUGGCAAAACUUGUGCUAAUGGAGUGUGCUACAAGACAAUUAAUUCUCCUGAUAUGGUUUGCAGUUUUGCCAAUCUCGGAAUACAAUGUGUGAAAAAAAAGGAUAUCAAAGAAUCUCUAUCGCACAGGGAAGCAAUUCAAGUUGAUCCAUUUGGGACUGGUUUCUCUCAUCAUCUUGAACCAGGAAAGAUUAAUCUGAAUUGUUUAAGGCUCUGCUUCCAAGUCUUCUUACCUAAUGAAACCGGUAAAAUGUGCAUCCCUCUCUCUCCUGUUGUAAGCAAUGCAAUUUAUGAUAAUAAAACAGUAUCUGAUCUCACCAUUACGAAGUUGAGUCAUUCUUCUGCUCCAGUUACAGGUGGUCAAGAAGUUAUUUUAUUAUGUGAUCAAGUGAAUAAGGAUGAUAUUCAGAUAUUAUUCUAUGAAGAAGUAAACAAUAAAAUAAUUUGGUGUGCCAAUGGAAAAUUUGCUCCUCAUCAUGUUCAUCGCAAAGCAGCGAUAUCUUUUCAAACUCCUCCCUACAGAGAUGUAACUGUUCCCCAAGGUGUUGAUUGCUUUGUUCAGUUGCGCAGACCUUCAGAUGGAGCUGUUGGUAAACCUAGGACAUUUUGUUUCAUCCCAUUAAAACAAGAUCCUGAAGGUCUGGCUAGGAAGCGUAAUAAAUUUGAGGCACUAAGGCUUAGUCAAAUACUUCAACCAAGUAAUUUGCCUUCAAGUAGUAAUAAUGCUGAGCCAUUAGCUACGCCUAGAGUUAUUAAACAAGCUGUUAGAUCGAAAAUCAGUCCAACUAAUGGAAUGGUGAAUAAUUUUACCAGCAAUAUUGUGUCUUCUACUAACUAUCAGUUAAACUCAAAUCUUUCUGGCAGUGAUUUCAAACAGAAAAGAAGUGUUCAAAUGCUUAGUCAAGAAAAGUGUCAUAUAUCUGAAAGCAGAUCAACUCACAACACUGCUUUACUAGAAUCUCGUCAAAAGGUAGAUGAUAUUUUAGCUAUUGCAAAAGAUCAGGUUGGCAUUGGAAACUCACACUUUUAUGAUUCUCAGAGUGAUGAUAAUCUCGAUAAGUUGAGCAGUCUUGACAUUGGUAUGGAUCCAUGUGACAUGGAUGUUAAUUUAAGUAAUAUCACGCUGGAUUCUUUUUCUGAUGCUUCUAGCCUUAAUCUUUCUGCAGCAUUGAUGGAUACAAGGAACUGAUACAAAUUUCAUCUUUUUGGAAGUGUAACCUUAUCUUUGCUUACAAAUAACUCUACAGGACAGUAUUGAUUGCUGUUAAAAGUUUUAUUUUUCAUAUUUCACUGCUGUAUAUAAGAUUUUAAGAAAUAUCAUUUGUAUAAAAUAUAUCUGUAAAAUAUUAUAUGUCAUGUUUGCUUCUCUAAAUAUUUUAAUAUUGUUUAUAAAUAAAAAUAAUUAUUUUGUUGUGUUAUUGCAAUGCUUUGUUAAGAAAUGUUUAAAAAAAGAAAAUUUGUGACUUGGGACUAUUAUCGAAUCAGUAAAACAAAAAUUUCUCUUGUGCUUUGGUACUCAAAAUUAAAAAAACAUUUAGGUAGAUUAUCUUCAGUGUUACUUCACUGAUUUCAAUAAAUGUUGGUUCGAACGUAUUUUAAUAAAUUUAAAGAAAAAUCAACAGUUAUAUAUUGUAAUACUUAUUACAGUCAGAAGGUAGGAAACCGUAGCUUUUCACGGUGAGAAUGGUCAGACUGUGAGAGAUUUUCAUGUUUUCUUCCUCCGUGUAAUGCAAAUGUGGGAUAGUUCCGUCAAAAAGUCUUCCACAAAGGCUAGUUUGUCCCUAUGUUUGUUACACUACUUGAGUUCUGUUGUCUUCUGGGUUGAAUUGUAAUUAACGUGACUGCAAAAUAGUUGUAAACCUAUAAUUGGAUUGGCUGUUCAAUACUGGGUGCAAAAUAAAGCUAAGUGCAGGAUCAUGCAUUUGUAUUAUAA